AUGGGGCGUUACGUGGGAAGUUGCUCUAUUAUCAGAUUGACAGCUGAGAUAGAAUGCUUGGAAGAACGGCUGAGCGACUGCAGGCGAGGUCGUGAAGCAACCAAACCACCAGCGACAAAAGCACCGCCGAAACCAACAACCAAACCACCAACAGAGGUAACACAAGCACCGACCAAACCAACAACCAAACCACCAGGAACAAAAGUACCACCGAAACCAAUCUGUCGUCGCAUCCCUGGAUCUGUCUGGUGUACAACAGAGUCAGCAUGUUCAAGUCGUGACGGAACGAUGAUGCCCAAUUUCACUUGUGUUAAUAUAGCGUUUGGCUGUUGCAACCUUAAUCUAAAACCAGUCUGUGUUAGAAAGGCUGGAUCUGUCUGGUGCACAUCAGAGUCGGCGUGUUCUAGGCUUGGUGGCACAAUGAUGCCUGAAUUCACUUGUCGUAGUAACAAGCUUGGGUGUUGCAAGAAAGAAGUAAAACCAGCCUGUGUUAAGGUGCCUGGAUCUGUCUGGUGCACAUCAGAGUUGUUGUGUACGAAGCGUGGCGGCACGAUGAUGUCUGAAUUCACUUGUGGUAGAAACACGCUUGUGUGUUGCAAGGUUGAAGCAAAACCAGUCUGUCGUCGCAUCCCUGGAUCUGUCUGGUGUACAACAGAGUCAGCAUGUUCAAGUCGUGACGGAACGAUGAUGCCCAAUUUCACUUGUGUUAAUAUAGCGUUUGGCUGUUGCAACCUUAAUCUAAAACCAGUCUGUGUUAGAAAGGCUGGAUCUGUCUGGUGCACAUCAGAGUCGGCGUGUUCUAGGCUUGGUGGCACAAUGAUGCCUGAAUUCACUUGUCGUAGUAACAAGCUUGGGUGUUGCAAGAAAGAAGUAAAACCAGGUUGUUAUAACUGA